GGGGGGAUAUAAGCCCGUUGUCACGCUCUGAUACGCCGUAACGCAGGAGGGUCUGGUUCAUAUUUAUCUGUCCAUCCUCUGCAUAAGCUGACCUUUCCCAUCCCCCUGCCCACUGCAGGCUCGCCCCGCCUCCAGUAUAAACCUCCCAUCAUUACCAGCAGCAGGGAAAGGUACUGCUACUUAAGCAAGAAUAAAAGAAGACACGGAGGAGAAAGAGGAUAAAAGGGGGAUUGGAAACAGGGAAUAAAAACCUCGUACAGAGAGAGUAAAACUGAGACUGAGAGAGGAGGAGUGAAACGGCAAAAAAAGAAGAAUCUCUGAAAAAUAAAACUGCAAAAUUAGAGGUGCAGUGUGGAAAAGGUAGGAAGGAGAGGAAAGAAGAGUGGUGGCUCGUGGACCAAAGGAGAGAAAUAAAAGACGUGAAGCAAGGAAACAAAGCCAGGGAGGAGGAGGACGGAGAGAACACCAUAGAAACCAGAGAGAGCGAGAAAGUGAGAGCGUCACGGACUGACAGAAGGCUGGCCUGAGAAUCACAGAGGAAGAUGCAGGCCUUCCUGUUGCUUGGCUGCUUUGUCCUCACUGUGACACAGUACCUCCUUGGCUCUGCGCACAUGAUCCCUGAUGAGGGACUCUCCACCAACAGGGUCGUUGUAUCCAGUGCUCUGUCUCAAAACCUUGAGUUAGGCACACCUCCUGUAGUUAUUGUAGAGUUGCCAAAAUCAGCAAAGAGGAACAGGAAAACAAAGAAGCAAAAAAAGAACAAAUUUGGUGGGAAGAAGCGCACUCCUCCUCCUGCUAACUGCAUUCCCUUGGGGGGAAGCUGUAAAUCUCCAGGCAAUGUGUGCUGUGAUUUCUGUGCUUUUUGCCAGUGCCGGCUCUUCAGAACUGUCUGUUACUGCCGAAUGGGCAAUCCUCGCUGCUAAGCAGCCUCCUGCGGCCAAAGCCAAGCUAACAGAACAAAACCCGCAGCCUGAAGGGAACACCGUGAGGUGAAUCACCUCUAGUCUUUGGUUUGUAAUUUUGCCUAAAAUUCACUGCAUGAAAGCACUUUAUCACAGAGGACUGCGCCACAGUGAACUUUCCAAAAAAAUCUUACAGGGUGUUCUGCUUGUAGCAUUGCAAUGAAACGUUUUAAAAAGUUUUUUAUUUUACUUUGAGCUUUUGGCAUGCAUAAAUAGAAUUUGCUCAAACAAUUUUACAUAUUGCUUUAUUUUACACAGAAGUUCAUGGAUGUGCAUUAUCAUACUUUAAUUAACUUUACAUAUCUUUAAAAAUUGCUCAAAAUUAUAUAGUAUGACUUCUGAAAAAGGCUCUGUAAUUUUUUAAAACAACUGAACGCUGCAGGUUCAAAUGUUACCCGAAUAAGAGGUGUGCCUGAAGUUUCUUUCUUUUCUUUUCACCUCUACAUCACUUAUUAUCUUCUUUAAUCAGUGUUUUAAUUCAUGGCAAAUUUCAAAAAUAAUUCCUGGGACGUUCAGGUUAUAACUCAUUUGUAAUUCAUUAUGAGAAACAUAAAUUUUCACAUUCCCAGUGAGAUCAGUAAUAAAGAUGAUGAUGAUGAUGAUCAAAUGUUAGUGACAACUGCUGGCUUUUAAUGAUUUAUGAUAAAUUGAGUGUGUGCCGUGUAAGUGAAAGGCCCAGAAAGAUAAUCUGCUCCAGAAGAGUUAAAGUAAAAAAGAUCUCUUCUCCCUCGACAACCACCAAUGAAGCACAACCUUGACCAAAGCUGCUCCUGCAGCUUUUAAACCUCCAAAGAUGGACGAGUUGUUACUGAGGAGGUUGAAUGAGAGGCUGAAUGCACUUUUGCAAAUUGCUUUGAACCACCGACUGUAUAUAAAGAUGGACGACACAAGAGCUCCCCAAAAGUGAGGCCAAAACAUCUCGGUCGCACCCUAGCGGCUGGUUCCAGCAUAUAACCCAACUUCCUCCAUGUUAACAGAGGGAAGUCCGACCAAAUUGAAAGCUCAAAGUACAUGUCAAAUUAAAUUUUGGUUUGUGCCAAUUUAGGUCAGUCCUAUCAGGUUUGGUUUUAAUAAGUUAUUUGAUGUUGGGGGGUACAACAUCAUGAUUGACAGCUGAGCGCUGCUCCUGACUGGGUCAAACAGGUGUAUGGGUGGGAACUCAUUCCCACCACCCAAUCACUGCUGCACAGACUCUGGCUCCAAAUGUAAAAGAUGGCAGCACUCAUAUCAGGGAUAUUUUGGCUUCACUUUUGUACAGUGAGAGCAAGUGGAGACACGUCGUCAUCUUUAUAUGUCAGUGCUUUGAACGGUCUGCUAAAUUAAUGUAAUGUGAAGAGUUUAAAUGCUGGCUUUGCCUUUAUAAAUAAAGGUAAAAAAAAAAACUAUUAGUCACAAAGUGCCCUUAGAAAGGACAUUUUUUAAAGUCACUCAAACUGGAAAAUGUUAGUGGAAGUGGAAUAUUUUGUGAUUACCAGAUUUAGGUUUAGGUUUGGUUUCAGGCUUUAGAAGUACAUUUUUGAUAAUUAGUGACAUUUUAGUAAAUUAAUUAGCCUUUGGAAAUGUUACUGUAAUGUUCGUGCUUUCCUGCCUGUUUUCAUGAUUUAUCGCAGCUGUUUUCUAUCUUCCUCUGAUUUUGCUUCUGUAAGUCUGUAACUUUUCUCCUUCCAAGAACAGACAAAAUUUGUUUGAUAAAAUUCAAGGCAGCGACAUAAUGUCACUGAAGUGCAACAUGCUGCUUAUGCAAUAUUUUUGGUGGCAGGAGAAAUUGUAUAACCCAUGCGGACUAUACAGUGUUUUAUUCUGCAGAUGUACGCUGGUUGUUGAAUAAAACUUUUAUACAUUC